UGUCCCCCUGUCCCCUCCCCUGUCCCCUCCGAGCCCCUCUCUCCCAUCAGGGACCUGCUGGAGGCCACCCCGUCCCCGGUGGUCUUCUGCCACAACGACGUGCAGGAGGGGAACAUCCUGCUCCUGGCGGGGCGCGAGGGCUCCUCGGAGCGGCUCAUGCUCAUCGACUUCGAGUACAGCAGCUACAACUACCGGUGGGCUUGGGGCUCCCGGGGUGGGAUUUGGGGUUUCACCUCUGUGCUCCGUGUCCCUUGGGGUCCCUUUGGUGUCCCCGGGGGUCCCUUUGGUGUCCCCGAGGGUCCCUUUGGGGCCGGGCGGUCCCCGGGAGUCCCUUUGGUGUCCCCGGGGGUCCCUUUGGGGCCGGGCUGUCCCCGGGGGUCGCGGCCCCACUCCCACCGCUGCCCCCAGCUCCAUUUCAUCCGGCACUACCUGGCGGAGCUGCGGGCCGGCCCCGGGCGGGCCCCGCGGGAGGAGCAGCAGCGCCUGGAGGAGGAGAUGCUGCGGGAGAUCGAGCGCUUCGCCCUGGCCUCUCACUUCUUCUGGGGGCUCUGGUCCGUGGUGCAGGCCAAGAUCUCCACCAUCCGCUUCGGGUACCUGGUGAGUCUGGGGGCUGCCCCUGCGCCCCUCCCC